UUCUUAUUGUGCGGAACAUUUUGUCACAUUCUGGAAUUGUUAAAGUCCUGUGUAAUUUCUUUGAAACUGCCAAAUCCUUUUUCACCUAUCCAAUGGACUCAUCAUGUCUUGGAAUUCUUUUUGUUUUUAAUUUAUCUGAAGACUUGCAGCUGUUACCUGUGGAGGAGUUAAAAACAAAAAUGGUGUUAUUGCCACUCAAGACUGGAUACGUGGCAUUGCCACUCCUGCACUAGUGUGCUAUUUAUUAUUAUUUUUUAUUGUUUGUUUUAAUUUUUUUUUUGUAUGUAUUUGUUUUUCUUUAAGCAUGUUACCUUUCGCGAUAGUUGGAUUUAUAAAUAGUGGAGGAUUGGCAGUUAUACCGACCAAGUGGUUUAUUGGGCCUGAGGAAGAUGAAUGCUACUGGCCACCAGCAAGGAUGAACAUGGCAAAGGCGGUCAUAGAGCAACAGGACCCUCACACUGACUGGGCGACAUACAAGUUGACUGUCAAGAGAAAAGUCGCAACGUAUGAAAUUGCCCGCACAAAAUUAGUCGAGUAUGAACAGAACACAGAUGUACCAACCGAAUCUGAUUCUACAGAGAAUAUGGGAAGGGGGAAGCGCAAAAAGAGACGAGUGAUUUUGUCCAGUGACGAUGAGGAUGAUGUCAAUUGGUCCGGCAGCCAAAUCAGGCCUACACCUCCAUCCACCCUCAGGUCUGUGCUGACACCUCCACCGCCUCCAUCCACCCUCAGGUCUGUGCUGACACCUCCACCGCCUCCAUCCACCCUCAGUUCUUCACCAUCAUCUGCUAGGCCGACACUUCCACCACCUCUGGGUAACCUGAGAUGGCCUGAUGUUUCAACCCAUCACCACGUCACCAUGUCACCAGAAACCUCUCAAAGACAAAUCAGGGGCAACAUGUUUGUUCGCAUCUUAACACUGAUUGAGGAGAUGAAAGAGACACAAAAAAUCCAGGGGAGGAUGUUACAAAUGCUUCUACAACAGCGUGGCAACAUCGGCACCACCUUCUCUUCUACCCCCGAGGGUUUCCCCCUAAAGACAGUUAGGGAUGUGGAAAUCGUGGAAGAAAAACUGGCAAACCCAAACUUCAUGUCCGAACUGGUUGCAGCUGUGACUGACAUAGGAGGGGGGACUGUUGACGAGGCCACAAAAAGGAUGAUGACUUUUCUCCUAGACCAUGGCCUAUCCAGGCAGUAUAACUUUGUGGGCCGAAAUGGGAAGAGAGAGUUCAAGGCCUUAAAACUGUAUGAAGUAAUAUAUGGAGGCUUAAAGAAAAACGCCAUGACCAGCCAAAUCACCCGUAAAGAUGCAGAGAAGGCGGUCUCCAAGUGGCUCAUUGGUGCUAGGGACCGGGGGGGUAAUAGACAGGCCCGACAGUCAACCCCUCAACAAGGACUUCAGGCUUCAGGCUCGUUUGAGGUGGAAAGAAACUAAUUCUGUAUGUGACAGUGAGGGAACACUGUGCAAAAGCAUGUUGUCAUAAAUUUUACUUAAAUAAAAUGUAAUUAAUUCUAUUACUGGUAUCCUUGUUAUUUUAGCUUGUUUAACCCAAGGUGUUCGGGUCUGUGAGACCCAUUUUCAAUGUUUGCUAAAAGAAAAAGUUACGCUAUUUAUUAACUGUGUCCUCCUCCUAACUGGGCCUGCUGUGUCUUGUCUGUGUGCGCGAAUGUUUUUUUUUCUGCACCUGCUAUUCACACACAAAGUAACAAAAUUGUUACAUUUCAAGCACUUUCACCUGUUCUAAAUAAAGUUCUAAGAAAUGAGCACCAAUAAUGAUAAAAA